AUGUUGAGGCGUAGUUUGUUUACAUCAGCAGGCGCGUUACAAGGGAAGGUGUACCCAAAACUCCAGAACGUAAGCGAGCUAGUCGGUUUUCUUAAUAAGUCCAAUGAAAAUGUGCACGACUUGGUGCCUGGCCCCACCUCGGUCGUCGAUUCCAAGAUAGUCCGCAAGAUGCUCCGCUUGUCCGGAUUGGAGUCGGACAUUUCUGCCGAAACAGAACAGAAGUGGAUCCAGGCUCUCAACACGCAGAUCGGCUUCAUCAACCAUCUUCAGCCCUCAGGCAGCCAUGCGGACACCUCGGAGAAUAUGAACGGCGCAAUUUUCAGGCUUAUCUCCUCGGACCACCAGCCGUCCGAGGCGCUUGGGCUCGAGCAGCUCAUGGAGCAAGUUCGCGCCAAUCAGCUUCAGAGCAGCGGCGAGAAAAUCAAGGACUUCGACCAAUUCGUCAGCAGCAGCGUGGACAUGUAG